AUGUUGGCAAAGGAGGGCUUAGUAUUCCAUGAGUCAGCUGCUGUGAGCAUGAUGGUUUGCAAGCCCUGUCUAUCCUCAUUGUGCAAAGACAGAAUUCCUCAACUCACACUGGCGAACAACCUGUAUCGUGGAUGUUUGCCUGUUGAGUUCCAGGAUCUGACAUGGGUUGAGGAGAAGAUUUGUGUCAUUUACUCCAUCACAGUGCACAUCACACGGCUCUUCCAGUCAUCCGACCCUGCUCAGCCUAAGGUCUUUCAUGGGAAUACAUGUGCACAUGAUAUGAAUGUGGUAUCCACGGUGUCUGUCUUGCCCCGCACUAUUGCUGACAUAAAUGGUUUCAUCAGCAUUGUCUUUAUCGGUCCAGAUAAGUUUGACCCAAAGCGACUUGCAACGCUGUUCUGGGUUUGCAGAAAUAAGAUUUGGUCCUUCCUCACAUGGCUUACACAACACAAUGAUCUCUUUGCAGGUAUCACAUUGGACCAGACAGUAAUGGAUUAUCACCCAGAGGAUGGCCUGCUGGCUGGACUGUGCGAUGGAGUUGUA